CUCCUCCCCACCAUGUUCGCCGACGAGCUCAAGACGCUUCGGAGGCUUGGGUUCCGCCAUGUGCUCUUGCAGGUCCUCAACUUCGUGUCGGUCCUCUCCUCCGGCCUUAUGAUCUGGAAGGCCCUGGGGCUGAUUACGAACACUGAGUCCCCGAUUGUUGUUGUGCUCAGUGGCUCGAUGGAGCCCGCGUUCUACCGCGGGGACCUCCUCUUCUUGACCAACCCGUCGAACCAGCGGUACCAGACGGGCGACAUCACGGUGUACAAGGUUCCUGGAGCGGACAUCCCCAUCGUGCAUCGAGUCUUGGAGACGCACGAUAUCGUUUCGGACAGGAGGGGGGUCGUUGCGGCGGCUCCUCUGGCACAGCAGCAACUGUUGUUGACGAAGGGCGACAACAACCAUAUAGACGACAUCGAGCUGUACCAGGGCCUGGAGUGGCUUGAGCGAAAACACAUCGUUGGGAAAGUCAGAGGGUUCUUGCCAUACGUCGGCUACGUCACUAUCGCUAUGAACGACUUUCCGCAGCUGAAAUACGCGCUGCUAGGAGGUCUUGGACUCUUGGCGCUGAUCCAGAGGGAGUAGGGUAACCUCCGUAUUGUAUUAUAUAAUGUUCUAUCCGAGGGCUUUCUGAUCGUGC